UUAAAAAGUUGUAUAAACUAUAAAUUUGCAAAAAAUUGUUGACUUUAUUAUAUAACAUAAAUUAUUUUAAAUGAUAUAAUAAUUAUCGAUAAUUUUUUUGUCGAUCAUUUUGAUUGUGUUGUCCGUACACUUUGAGAUCAUUAUCGGUAGACAAUCGGCUGGCAGUCAAAUACCAACGAAGAAUGUCUAAAGAAUUGACACACGAAUUGACCCAAACUUAUAUCAAUGACUUUCGUCACUUAACUGAAGACUUUCCAAACGAGUUGUCGCCACUUCUGUCGCAGCUCUUUGAAUACGAUUAUCAGAUCAAUCAUUUGAUGGACAAAUUGAACAAACGUUUUGAGAAGAUAUCGGCGAACAUAAGCAGCAAAAGGUUGAGUCAAGUGAAUCGACACCGAAGUCUUCGCAAAAUUGACAGAUAUUUGAACAAAAUUAAGACCAUUUCCGACCAAAAGUUUGAUGUCUGCGAUAAGAUUCUCGCAAAAAUCAAAACCAAAGCCGACCAAUUGAACGAUGACUACAAUGGACUGCUUUUGUGCGACCAGAAGGAGGCCUUUACGUAUGGCACUAGAAGUGGAAGAAUGUGGAAGAAUAAUCCAGUUUAUGGAACUAAUGAUUGAAUUGAUUUAUAAAUCAAUAAUACAAAUACAGUCAAAGAUCCACAUGAAUUCAAUAAUAAUAAUUUAUAUAAUAAUUCAAAAACUCUAAUUAUGUUAUGAUUUGUUUUGUAUUCU